CCCUUAGCAAACCAGAUUGAAAAUGAAAUGUAUUUCGGAGCAAAGGUACGCGAUUCCAAUAGGACCUUUCUGUUCGUCAAAAUGGAAUGUAACGCUUAGUUUCGAAACUUUCUUUUCUUCUCAUAAUUUCCAGUUUUAUCAAACACGCAGUUGAAGUGUUCAGCGACAAUUUAUGAGGUUUCGCGUCCUAAAUGGAUUCCAGCAGAUUCUUUCACUGACUUCAAUCAAUUUCGGCUCAUUUUAAAUAUCACAUUCAUUUUGUUUUGUUUUGAUCCAACAAGUAUUUUUAAUACCCGUUCAAGGUCAUGUUAUGACGUUUCGCGGGAAAUAGUUUGAAAUUAAUCUAUACAUUCAUACCCGUGCAGUAAUGCAUUUUUUGAUCCCUUGUUGUCAUCAGAACUUUUAGCAGUAGCCAUUAAAGAAAACCUGAACACAGUUGUGAGAUAUAACACGAUUUCAGUUUAUAAUAUUGUUCGUAGCGUUCAAAGCUAUAUUUAAAUAUAAAUUUCUAUUUAAAACGUACAUAUGUUGAGCUGUUUGGCACAGUUAGUAAUGAGACUAAUUUGAAAACAAAUGGUUGAAAAUAGCCAUAUUGUUUAUCUCAAUCUGUCUGCCGGUUGAUAUUAAUUAUUUUAAUUAACUUUACCUACAUGCGAGUAUUAAAAAUUAAAACUACUCUUCUUUCUCUGGAAUUAUUAACUUGUAACAAAAUACUGCUUCCUGCUUUCUAGACAUUUUCACCUCAGGAAGUAAAGAAGAACGUCAGAAUUGAUUUAUUAUCUAUACUUAACACCUGGUUUCCCUGUCAAAACAAUAGUUUCUCGUUUGUGUGACUCUUAAUAGCUAUGUGUACGUGAGUUGUGUGGUUUUUGUCUCGAUUUAACAUUCAUUAUUAAUGGUAACAUUUUGUUCAUUAUUGCGAUGGUAUAGAAAAACCAAGCAGCACACAAUGUGCCAAUCUGCAUGUGUUCUUCAGAUGAUGAAUAAUUUUGAUGAUUUUCUCUUUUGUUUUCUCUAUAAAUUUACAGGUGCCACGCAACCUUGAUCAGCUCGUCGAGGUGGCCUUUGGCGCGAAUUUGAACGGAACUCUUCAUUGCGGAAAUUCUAAAUUUUUCUCAAGACUCCAGACCUUUGUCACUGCACAGAGUCGUAUAAGCCUUCUUGGAAAAAGGAGGAGAGAUCAGACAUUAACAGUCCUAAACAAUCCCAUAGCUUAACGGUUCAGGCGUUGACUCCGAGCAUUCAAGGGCUCGGCGAUAUGGAAAAUAACGCAUCUACGAUCAACAGCAGCUCUUAUUUUAAACCAGCUAACGGCGACAACGCAUCAGUGGCGACUUCUGGCGAAACUCCCGCUUUCAAGGCAAUAAAGCUGUCAUUCUACGCUGUCAUCUUCCUUAUAAGUGUCAUCGGUAACACUUUGGUUUGCGUGGUGAUCGCAAGACGUCGGAGAAUGCGAACCGUCACGAAUUUCUUCGUGUUGAACCUCGCAGCGUCGGAUCUCGCCAUCACUUGCAUCUGUAUUCCGUUCGAUAUUCCCGUGCAAGAGAAUCACUACAGAUGGCCUUACGGACGGUUCUUCUGCAAGGUCUUAUACCCGCUUCAGACCGUGGCCAUGUUCUCUUCUAUCUUUACGCUAACUGCAGUGAGCCUCAAUAGGUUCUGGGCAAUCGUUUAUCCUCUGCGAAAGCAGAUGACGAAAAAGCACGCCAUGGUUGUUAUAAUCAUCAUCUGGACCGUGUGUAUUCUACUGACGGCACCUUAUGUCAUGGUCUUAAACCUGGAUAAGGCUACCAUGGAAUGCAGAGAAUAUUGGCCUGGAAUUGGCUACAGAAAAACCUACACUGCAUCGCUUUUUGUCUUGCAAUAUUUUUUGCCUUUGACCGUGAUCACACUUGCGUAUCUAAAAAUUGGUUUGGAGCUAAGGGCCUGUUCAAGCGUGAAAAACGCUUUGGCGGUAAAUGCCGUUCUACACAAUGCACACCGAAACGAGGCUCGCAAAGUUGUGCGCAUGCUCAUUGUCGUCACUCUCCUCUUUGCCAUUUGUGUUCUGCCCAAUAACGUGAUGUGGCUUUGGCUGGAUUUCGGCAAUGGGCAAAACUACCCUCACUUCUGGGAUAUGGUUGCUUUUACUAACAUCAUUUUGUUCGCCAACAGUGCGGCAAAUCCCCUGGCGUACACAAUUUGCCACGAGAAUUUCAGGGAAGAAUUCAAACUGUAUUUCACCUGCGAUCCAAAGAUUUUUCAAAGCAUGGCGGAAACCACGAUAACCUACACCAGGACCCGGUUACGCAGUCUGACCGGAAAUGACAAAAAAUCCGUACAGGCUGUGGAAUAUGGCGAGAUAUUAGUGGUUGACGCCAAAGAGACUGUUAUUUGAUAGUUCCUUUGCAAAGUACUGUCUGUAAAUAGCACACAAAAGUCAGUAAUCUUAGCAAUUUAAUAGCUACGUUCUUAGAGCGCGCCGGUAUAAUGCUUUGGACCAUGUGGCUACAUUUGAACUUCGUCAUCUCAAGCGCGGUUAUCUUGAACUCAGAUCGUUUUCCUUGGUACUGGCUUUUCCAGUCAUUUACUAUCCGUUGUCUACAACCCAGACUGUCUCGAACUAUUAAUAGUUUCCCUUAAGAGUUCGAAAUAUCGCGGGAUUGAAUUAUUUUAACAGGGUAAACAUUAGGUGUUUUAGGUGUUGUGAAAGUGCUCAACUUAUGAAAGUGAAAUAAUUGCAAAUGCCUUCUUAAUAAACGCUAUUUACUAUG